UGCUCCUUUUUCUCGCUCGCUUUCCGUCUCGGGCGGCGCGAAGCUCUUUGGCGGGUUCUCCGUUCCGCUGCGGCGGUCCUUCCGGCCGCCUGGUCUGCGAUCCACUGCUCCUCUCGCGACCGGAGCUCGGCGGAGCCCCUCGAAGCGCGCCACACGCUCGGCCAGAUCCCUGCCUCGGCCGACUGGUUUUAAGGGGUGUGGCAGGAGGUUUUGGACUCGAUGAGUUUCCACUGAAAUGUCGGAGAAGUCAGGCCAGAGCACAAAAGCAAAGGAUGGGAAAAAGUAUGCAACUCUCAGUUUGUUUAAUACUUACAAGGGUAAAUCAUUAGAAACUCAGAAAACCACAGUUGCAGCUCGACAUGGAUUACAGAGUCUUGGAAAAGUCGGUAUUUCACGGCGUAUGCCUCCACCUGCUAACCUCCCAAGUCUCAAAGCAGAAAACAAAGGCAAUGAUCCUAAUGUGAACAUUGUACCUAAAGAUGGCACAGGAUGGGCAUCAAAACAGGAGCAGCAUGAAGAAGAAAAAACACCAGAAGUCCCAGCAGCACAGCCAAAACCACCUGGGGUUGUGGCUUCCCCAGAAGUAGCACCUGCUCCCAAAUCGUGGGCCAGUAACAAGCAAGGUGGGCAAGGAGAUGGAAUCCAGGUGAAUAGUCAUUUUCAGCAAGAAUUUCCCAGUCUGCAGGCAGCUGGAGAUCAGGAAAAAAAAGAAAAAGAAGCAAAUGAGGACAACUAUGGACCUGGACCCAGUUUGCGUCCACCAAAUGUUGCUUGUUGGAGAGACGGUGGCAAGACUGUUGGCUCGCCUUCACCAUCUGACCAAGAAGCAAAGCUCCCUGUCCAGGAGGACAGUGCAGCUGGGACAUCAGAGCAAAGUGACCUCCUCAAGGUGGUAGAAAAGAGGGUGGCCUGUGGCCCUCCACAUGCUAAAGUGAAUGGACAGCAGCCUGCCCUUGCCUCCCAGUACAGGGCCAUGAUGCCUCCAUAUAUGUUUCAGCAGUAUCCGAGGAUGGCGUACCCACCUCUACAUGGUCCCAUGAGGUUUCCACCGUCUGUAUCUGAAGCAAACAAAGGCCCUCGGGGAAGAGGCCCACCCCCUCCGUGGGCUGCGGAGCCUGAGCGCCCCUCCAUCCUCAGUGCCUCAGAACUGAAGGAGCUCGACAAGUUCGAUAACCUGGAUGCCGAAGCUGACGAAGGCUGGGCAGGUGCUCAGAUGGAAGUAGAUUACACAGAGCAGCUGAAUUUCAGUGAUGACGAUGAGCAAGGGAGCAGCAGCCCUAAGGAGAACGGUGAGGAUCAAGGUUCAAAAGUCUCUGAAAACACUGGAAACAGACAAGAAGCAGAUGAAGUUUGUAACACCAAGUCAUCAUCUCAGAUACCUGCCCAGCCAUCAGUAGCAAAGGGUCCUUAUGGGAAAGGACCUCCGUUUAAUCAGGAACGUGGACCGUCUUCACACCUGCUGCCACCUCCAAAGUUGCUUGCCCAGCAGCACCCUCCUCCAGACCGGCAGGCACUGCCUGGAAGACCAGGUCCUCUCCCCCCAAAGCAGCAGGUCCCAGAUGAAGACGAAAUCUGGAAGCAAAGAAGAAAACAGCAGUCAGAACUUUCUGCAGCAGUGGAGCGUGCUCGCAGGCGGCGUGAAGAGGAGGAGCGAAGGAUGGAGGAGCGACGGAAGGCAGCGUGCGCAGAGAAACUGAAAAGACUGGAUGAAAAGCUGGGCCUGGUGGACAAACAGCCACCUCCAGAGGAAACGAGAGAACAGGAGCGGGAGAAGGAACUUGAACAGGAACAAGAACAGGAGCGAAAGGAGGAGGGGGAAAAAGAGAGGGAAGAGCCACAGGAGAGAGAGAGAGAACUGGAGAGGGAGCAGGGAGAACCAGGAGAGGUGGAGAAGGACAAAAUACAGGAGAAACAAAAAGAACUGGAACAGCAGCAGGAAAAGGAGAAAGAACAAGAAAAGGGGUGUGAGUUGGAGAAGAAAGAGGAGGAGAAAGUGGAGGAGGAAACUGAACACAAAGAACCUACUUCACAGCCUGUGGUAGAAAGACCAGGAAUUGAAAACAACUGUAAUAAAGAGGACGGCGCCACUUGCAGCAGACAGGACAGCAGUCGCGGUGACAGAGAGCCCUCCCAGGGGCCGCAGGAGGCCGAGGCCGAGCCGGGCUCGCAGCCGCGGCCCGCCGGGCUCCCUGGCUACUUUAAGCAGUUCCAGAAGUCCUUGCCGCCGCGCUUCCAGCGCCAGCAGGAGCAGAUGAAACAGCAGCGGCAGCAGGCCCCGCCCCUGGCCACCGUGGCCCCACCCCCGGCCAGCACGGCCCCACCCCCGCCGCACAGGCCCCUGUUUCCGCAGGUGCGGCCGCACCCGCAGCACCUGGCUUCCAUGGGCUUCGACCCCAGGUGGCUCCUGAUGCAGCCCUACAUGGACCCGAGAGUGAUAUCGGGCCGACCUGCGGUGGACAUCCCGCCCCUUCACCCCGGAAUGAUUCCUCCUAAGCCAUUAAUAAGAAGAGAUCAGAUGGAAGGCUCACCAAACAGUUCUGAGUCCUUUGAGCAUAUAGCUCGACCUGCAAGAGAUCACACGGUUUCCCUCUCUGAGUCUCGUAUGAUGUGGGGGUCGGACCCCUAUCAUCAGACUGAGCCUCAACGGGCCACUACUCCUAAGGCAGCAGAAGAACCUGAUGAUGUGAGGCCUGAAGCCCAGUUGGAUCAGGAACAGAUUACUGCUGCUCAUCCUGUAGAACGCAGCCAGUUGGAGGCACAUCCAAAAGCAGAAUUCAUAGAAUCAAGUGAGACAGAAGUUCAGAAGUUUUUGAGCAGAUCUGUGGAAGACAUUAGACCUCAUUUCUCUGACACAAGUAAUCAGCCUGCUUGUUUUGAGGUACCUGAUCAAAAGACUGUAUCCACUCCUCAAGAAGAGCGGGUUUCAGCUGGUGAAAGUCAGCCUCCCCGGAAAAGAAGUGUUUCCCAUGGAUCUAACCAUGCUCAAAAGUCAGAGGAGCAAAGUGAGCCGUGUGCAAGCAUUCCUAAAGUAACCAGCAGGUGCACUGACUCCAGAGAGCCCGCAGAAAGGCCAGAGGAAAAGCCAAAGAAGGAUGGCUUCCUACGGCCCUCUGAGGGACCGAAGCCCGAAAAGCUGUAUAAAUCUAAGCCGGAAACUCGGUGGGGUCCACGGCCAAGCUCCAGCAGAAGAGAAGAAGGCCCUGAUAGGCCCGUGAGACGGUCAGGCCCCAUUAAGAAGCCUGUCCUUAGAGAUAUGAGAGAGGAGCGAGAGCAAAGGAGGGAGAAAGAGGGAGAAAAGGUCACAGAGAAAGUCAUAAAACCCGAAAAGACAGAGAAGAGACAAUCCCCACCUGCCCCCCCAACACCUGCAGCACCAGUUCAGCCACAGGCGAUUCAGCUGCCGCCACCUCAGCUGGAGCCGGAGAAAGCUCCUGCCCCAGGGACCUCAGUUGUGGCGCAGAAGCCGCCCCAGGGUGCUGAGGAGCCAUUGGACCCCAUGAGGAGUGUUGAGGUAGAGCCUGCCGCGGAAGCUGGGACCCAGCUGACCAUCACAGCGCCGGCCGUCAAGGAAGAAGAGCCCCCUGAGAAAGCUGGCAGCAAGGACCUCGUGGCAGAGAGGCCACGGCCUGACUCGGGACCAGCAGUCAGAAAGGAGCUGGCGUUACCCCCUCGGACCUACUGGAAAGAUGCUAGAGAGAGAGACUGGUUUCCAGAUCAGGGGUACAGAGGCCGCGGCCGCGGUGAGUACUACUCCAGGGGCCGAAGCUACAGAGGCUCCUACGGAGGGCGUGGCCGCGGGGGUAGAGGGCAUACCCGGGAGUUUGCUCCCUAUAGAGACCACAGGCCGCGGACAGAGCAGGCGCCCUCUGGUCCUCCUAGGCGGCGGGAGGAGAGUGAGACGCGCAGCGAGAGCUCGGAUUCUGAAGUCCUGCCCAAAAGGAGGAGGCAGAGAGGCUCGGAGACCGACACGGACAGCGAGGUCCAUGAGAGCGCUAGUGACAGGGACAGUUCGAGCAAGGGCAGACCUCUCAGGAGGGAAGAACGGUCUGAAAACAGAAGACCUAUGAAGCCUCAGUCCUUCAAGCUGGAAAAUCAUGCCCGAAUUGAUAACAGGCCUCUGGGAAGACCUUACAUAAGGGAUGACGACAAGUCCAAGCCGGGUUUCCUUCCUAAAGGAGAGCCUUCGAGGCGAGGCCGAGGGGGUACUUUCAGACGCGGUGCAAGGGAUCCUGUAGGUCGCCCGCCACGGCCUCCUGCCUUACGAAGGCCUGCUUAUCGGGACAAUCAGUGGAGCCCAAGGCAGGCAGAAGCUCCCAAACCAGAUGAUGGAGAGCCACCAAGGAGACACGAGCAGUUCAUUCCUAAUCCAGCAGAUAAACGACCUCCAAAAUUUGAGCGAAAAUUUGACCCAGCUAGAGAGAGGCCCCGGAGGCAGCGUCCUACCAGGCCACCGAGGCAAGAUAAGCCCCCUCGGUUUCGACGGUUAAGAGAGCGGGAAGCUGCUUCCAAAACCCGUGAGGCACCGGUGCCUGCGGCAGGUGGCAUGGCCGGUAGCACGGCGCAGGAACCAGUCGGUGCUGCUGGGGGCGGCCCUGGGGAUAAGACGCCAGACUCACCAAACCAGAACUCGUCGGACCAGGCGAAUGAGGAGUGGGAAACAGCUUCUGAAAGCAGCGACUUCAACGAGAGGCGAGAGCGGGGUGGGAAAAGAAAUGCCGACCCGAGUGCACAAGUAGUUGUAAAGGCCGGAGAGAACAUCUUACCUCCAAGGAGGGAAACAGCAAAGAGAAGCUUCUCUAGUCAGAGGCCUGGCGUAGAUCGCCAGAACCGGCGAGGCAGCAGUGGUGCCCCCAAAUCUGGAAGGAAUUUCUCGGGUCCUAGGAAUGAACGGAGAAGUGGCCCACUGCCAAAAAGUGGGAAGCGAGGGCCACCUGAUGACCCAUCUGCAGGCACAGCAGGUGUUGAUCUUGCCAGCAGCAGCCCUUCACAGCACCAGGAGGGGGUACCUAAUGGGACAGGACAGAAGGGAUCCAAGGACGCCACUGGGAAGAAGAGAGACGACACCAAGCCAGGCCCUAAAAAACCCAAAGAGAAAGUAGACGCGUUGUCCCAGUUUGAUCUCAACAAUUAUGCAAGUGUUGUCAUAAUUGAUGACCACCCUGAAGUGACGGUUGUUGAAGACCCGCAGUCGAGUCUGCAUGAUGACGGCUUUACCGAGGUCGUGUCCCGGAAGCAGCAGAAGCGCCUGCAGGAUGAGGAGCGCCGGAAGAAGGAGGAGCAGAGCGCCCAGGUCUGGAACAAAAAGAAUGCAAAUGAAAAGGGAAGAAGUCAGACUUCUAAGCUUCCUCCAAGAUUUGCUAAAAAACAGGCAACAGGGACCCAGCAAACACAGCCUGCAGCUCCAGUCCCUGCCUCCACCCCCGUGCCGGCAUCUGCCCCAGCCUCCACCCCAGCCCCAGCUGCAGCCUCCGCCCCAGCCCAGGCUGCGGCCUCUUCUCCAGCCCCUGCCCCCGUCCCCGGCCUUCCCUCCGCUUCAGCCCCAGCCGCCAUCCUUGCCUCCACCUCAGUUCCCGUCCUUGCUUCCGCCCUCGCACCAGCUUCUGCUCCAACUCCAGCUGCUGCCGUCUCAGCUGCCCCUGCCCCAGUCCUUGCCCCUACCCCUGCCUCGGGUGCCCCAAACCCCACUGCCCCAGUGCAGGCUCAGGGACAGACUCUCAAGCCAGUCCAGAGUCCACUCCAGACGACCACGCAGUCUUCAAAACAGCCACCACCUUCCGUAAGAGCAGCUUCAGCACAGACACUUCAUGGUGCAGAUUAUGUAGCCACAGGGAAACCUGUCCCAGCCGCACAGCCACAUGGCACUCUUACAGCUGAACUGUGGGACAAUAAGGGAGCCCCAGCCUCUGUGCUGAAUGACAUCUCUAAGAAACUAGGUCCCAUCAGCCCACCACAACCACCUUCAGUCAGUGCAUGGAAUAAGCCCCUGACGUCGUUUGGAUCAGCUUCAACAGAGGGAACAAAGAAUGGCACAGAAAGUGGAGUUGAAAUGGGAAUUGACACAAUUCAGUUUGGUGCUCCAGCUUCAAACGGGAAUGAAAACGAAAUUGUUCCUGUGCUUUUGGAGAAAACUGCCGACAAGAUCCCUGAACCGAAGGAACAGCGGCAGAAGCAGCCGCGGGCAGGCCCUAUCAAGGCCCAGAAGCUUCCAGAUUUGAGUCCAGUAGAAAACAAAGAACAUAAACCUGGUCCUAUUGGAAAGGAACGUUCGUUAAAAAACAGAAAAGCAAGAGACGCCCAGCAGGUGGAGCCGGGACAAGAGAAGCCCAGCCCUGGGACCAGCAGAGGUACAGAUGCUGUGGCCACAAAGGACACCGAAGUGGCAUCGGAAAUGCCCACAGACCUUGGGACCAUGAUCUCGGGGCCGCCGGCGGAGUACGGUGCCGACGUGAAGGAGUCUGUAACAGACUACACCACACCUUCUUCUUCUCUGCCUAACACUGUGGCUACUAAUAGUGCAAAGAUGGAUGGUGCUUUGGUUAAUAAUGUGCCCCUGCCUGAUGCCCUUCCGCUCCCUGAGAGGGAGGCAGUGCCACGGAGCUCCAGUCUAGCCUCUGUGCCUCCCACCACUUUCAGUCUCACUUUUAAGAUGGAGUCUGCACGUAAGGCGUGGGAAAAUUCUCCAAAUGUGAGAGAAAAGGGCUCCCCGGUAACUUCCACAGCACCUCCGAUUGCAAGUGGCGUCAGCAGUAACGCCAGCGGCCCCAACACCAGUUACAGCUCGUUCGCCAGCGCUUCUGUGCCUCAGAUCCCGGUUGCUUCCGUCACUCCCACCACGUCACUGUCAGGUACUGGUACAUACACUACCUCCUCUUUGAGUACAAAAUCCACAACCACAUCAGACCCUCCUAAUAUUUGUAAAGUCAAACCCCAACAGCUCCAGACAGGCAGCCUUCCUUCUGCAAGUCACUUCUCCCAGCUGGGCUGCAUGCCUUCUCUGAUUGCACAGCAGCAGAGCCCACAGGUCUAUGUGUCUCAGUCUGCAGCAGCUCAGAUCCCAGCGUUCUACAUGGACACAAGCCACUUAUUCAGCACCCAGCACGCACGCUUGGCCCCACAGCAAGGCUUCCAACCAGGUCUUUCUCAGCCGGCUUCAGUUCAGCAGAUCCCGAUCCCUAUCUAUGCGCCACUGCAAGGCCAGCACCAAGGCCCGCUGGGUCUGGGUGCUGGGCCUGCUGUCUCCCAGGCUCAGGAGCUGUUCAGUUCUUCACUUCAGCCGUACAGAUCUCAGGCGGCCUUCAUGCAGAACAGUCUGUCCCAGCCGUCCGUGGUCCUUUCUGGCACUGCCAUCCACAACUUCCCAGCUGUCCAACACCAGGAGCUGGCCAAGGCACAGUCGGGCCUUGCCUUUCAGCAGACGUCAAGCACUCAGCCUAUUCCCAUAUUGUAUGAACACCAGCUGGGCCAGGCAUCCGGACUCGGGGGUUCCCAGCUGAUGGAUACACACCUUCUCCAGGCCAGAGCGAACCUUACACAGGCUUCAAACCUUUAUUCUGGACAAGUGCAGCAGCCUGGCCAGACGAGCUUCUACAGCGCCGCGCAGUCGCCGAGUGCCCUCCAGCAGGUUACAGUUCCUUUGCCGGCAUCCCAGCUUUCCUUGCCUAAUUUUGGAUCCACGGGGCAGCCCUUAAUCGCCCUGCCUCAGACUCUGCAGCCCCCAUUGCAGCACGCCGCCCCACAGGCCCAGGCCCAGAGCCUGGGCCGUCCUGCCCAAGUGAGCCAGCCCUUCAGAGGACUGAUUGCCCCCGGGACGCCACACGGCAUGGUCACAGCCGCCGGGAAAAUGUCUGAAAUGGAGCUAAAGGCCUUUGGAAGUGGCAUUGAUAUAAAACCAGGCACGCCUCCCAUCAGUGGCAGAAGCGCCACACCCACGUCCAGUCCCUUCCGGGCUUCUUCCACAAGUCCGAGCAGCCAGUCCAGCAAAAUGAACAGCGUUGUCUAUCAGAAGCAGUUCCAGCCAGCCCCUGCCCCUGUGAGGAUGGCACAGCCUUUUCCUACACAGUUUGCACCCCAGAUUCUCUCUCAGCCUAACCUGGUCCCUCCAUUGGUAAGAGCCCCACAUACUAACACCUUCCCAGCGCCUGUUCAGAGGCCACCAGUGGCGCUGGCCAGUCAGAUGCCUCCUCCGCUGACCACAGGCCUCAUGAGCCAUGCUCGUUUGCCACAUGUAGCCAGGGGUCCUUGUGGGCCACUCUCUGGAGUCAGAGGUAAUCAGGCCCAGGCUGCGCUGAAGGCCGAACAAGACAUGAAGAAGAGAGCUGUGGGAAGAGGACUCAGCCACCAGACAUUUGGUCCUAGGUGUUGGCAAAACAGAGAGCAGAGGUUCUUCAGUCCACGCAGAGGUUCUUCUCUGAACAGCAGCAGAGCAAACAGAUAGGAGGCAAAGCCCAGAAGGUGGACAGUGAUUCCAGUAAACCUGCAGAAGCCCUGGCUGACCCCCCAGGUGUCUGUCAGGAGAAGGGAGAAGAGAAGCCACCCCCUGCACCAGGCGUGGCCACCAAACCUGUCAGAACUGGACCAAUCAAACCUCAGGCCAUCAAGGCGGAAGAAACAAAGUCCUAGGGGCUGUGCUUUACUGCAGGGCAGGGACUUGGGGAGGGGAGGGGAAGGAGGGAGAACGAGGCAGGAAGUGCCAGCAGCCCAAGGCCAGAUGGCCUCUGACCUCAUCCCGCAGAUGCAGGAGCCACUCACACUGACCCACGGCUGCCGCACCUGCUGGAUACGACACGCACUCUUGAUGGCCGCGCACCUGCAAUCCACAUCCACGUAAGAUGUGCGCUAGCUCCUUGAGAGCCUGUAACCUAGAACUCGAGUUCUUCUUCGUUAGAAGAAAUACCAGAAGUGGGAGGGAGGCAGGGAGGGAGGGAGGGAGCUGACCCCGCAGAGGCGCCGAGGCGCAGCUCAGCCUGAGCGGGUGGUGGCCCUGGCCCUCAGGCUCCCUGGAUGCAGUCGGCCUGGGCGAGGUCCUGAAGGUGGAGGAGCCCCGUUUUCCCGCGGCAGCUGCGUGACGACAGCAGCUGCAGUCGGAGCACGGUGCUGGUCGGCUCCUGGAGGGUGCGGGGCUGCGGGCCCCGCCGUGCGUCCAUCCGGAAGGAUGCUGGUGCUGCUGAGGGGACCCUCAACUCCUGCCUUCCACGGGGCUCCCGCCUCUCAGACACGGCAGGUUGGGAAAGUGCUGGUCAGGCUGGGUUGCUUACCUCCACCCAGUCAUCUUUGUAUGAAUCCCGUGGUUGGUGUGGUCUUUGUUCUGUCUUGGGUUUGUUUGUUUUUUUUUAACGGUUUUUAGCUGGCAGUAAUGAAGAGCGGUGAACACCCACAGCUGUGCCGCUCAGAAGGGGCCCAUCGGAGGAGGUGCCCCCCCACCAGACGCAAGCUGUCCCGUGGGCCCUCUGCUGGGGAAGAGGGCCAAGCCCAGUGGUGCCUUUCGGUGCGCCCUGGUCCCCUGCGUGGGGGUCUGCUCGUGUGUGUUGGCUGUGAGCGCAAAGCCUGCGCUUGCUUGGUGAGACCACGGGUGACCCUGCUGGCCAAGUUGUUCUAAUGAUGUGCGCUCGGCUCUCCUUUCUGGACGGGGCACAGCUUGGCUGUCUUCUGGGGCUUUGGGGUUUUUACCUUUUGUUUUUGGUGGAGUGUGUGCUGUAUGUGUCUAGUUCUGGUCAGACGACUGCAGGGCCUUGGAUAAGCUUUGCUGCUAUUGAUGCGUAACAUACUGCUAUUGGUCUUUUUUAUAUAAGUAAAUAAGUAAAUAUAUAUACAUAUACACACACGUAUAAUUUGGAUUUUGGGGAACUGGCUGCCUGUCCACUUGGGAGACGUGUCCCAGUUGUACCGUGUUGGGUCGCAUUGUACAGAGAUUAACAGCCAUAUUGGUCUAGAAAUGUUAAACAUAAUUUUUUCCAUUUGUACAGGGGUCAGGGGUAAAUGCACUGUAUUAAAUAUGUAAGGUCUUAUCUACAUGGGUUUGAUUACAGAAACUAAUAAAGUAUUCUCUAAAUAAUGA